UCAAUUUUAUGUUUGACAACGGUAGUUCCUUUCGGUACGAAUAUGUCGCAAUAGUCGAAGAAAUUCCGUUAAUUUCCUUUUCUUCACUUGAUUUAGAAACUGCAACUGGCCUUCAACUUCAACUUCAAUUGUACCCUAGACAAUUUUCUGAUUAACUAACAUUUUGAGAGCUUCUGGUGUAUGCUUUAAAACCAGUUAGUUGUCAGAUGUCACCUGUCAAAAUCAAAGAAUCAAACCGUGAAACCGUUUUUGAGGUUUUUGUUUAUUUUCUAUUUUCAGGUGUUAUAUUAAAAUAAUUAUAAAUAAUUCAAUGGAGGUAAAACAAGAAAGAAACAGUUUUGUGGAAGAAGAGUGUAAGAUUAAAAUAGAAAUUAUUGAUUAUCCUGUGAAGACUGAGAUAAAUAACGACUUUUGUCCAUCCAAUUCUAUGAAUGAUGAUGCCGACAGUUUUUUUGAUGACAGAAAUUCUUCAGACCAAAAAGAUAUAAAAGUUAAUACUGAAACUGAAGACAUCAAAUUAGAGGAGGAUAAGUUCGAGUUAAUUCAUGGUGAAAAUGAUUCCCUCCAUACAAAAAGAAGAAAAGAAAAAUCUCACGAAUGUGAGAUUUGUUUAAAGCGGUUUAAUCAAGCACGUAAUUUGAAAACGCAUUUUAGAACACACACUGGUGAGAAACCUUACAAUUGUCAAACCUGUUUUAAGCAGUUUAUUUCAAAAGAACGUUUAACAGUGCAUACGAGAACUCAUACAGAUGAAAAACCUUAUAAAUGUGAAAUUUGCUUCAAGUGCUUUACCCAAAAGACUCAUUUAAAUACGCAUAUGAGAUUGCAUUCUGAUCAAAAACCUCACAAAUGUCAGAUUUGUUUUAAACGUUUUAAUCGAGCAUAUGAUUUGGAAACUCAUGUUAGAAAUCAUACAGGUGAAAAACCUCAUAAGUGUGAAAUUUGCUGUAAGAUGUUUAGCCGACAAUGGAAUUUAAAUAGUCAUAUGAGAAUUCACACUGCAGAGAAACUUCACGAGUGUGAGAUUUGUUUAAAACGGUUUAAUCAAGCAGGUGAUUUGGAAAAACAUGUUAUACUACAUACUGAAGAAAAUCCUCACAAGUGUGAGAUAUGUUUUAAGCAAUUUAUGUCAAAAAAUAGUCUAAUACUGCAUAUGAGAAUUCACACUCGUGAAAAACCUCACAAAUGUGAAAUUUGUUCUAAGCUGUUUAUCCACACAUCUAAUUUAUAUCGACAUAUGAGAAUUCACACUGGAGAGAAACCUCACGUGUGUGAGAUUUGUUUAAAACCGUUUAGUCAAUCAGGUGAUUUGAAACUGCAUAUUAGAACACACACUGGGGAAAAACCUCACAAGUGUGAAAUUUGUUUUAGGCAAUUUAUUUCAAAAAGACUUUUAAAAGUGCAUAUGAGAAUUCACACAGGUGAAAGACCUUAUAAAUGUGAAAUUUGCUCUAAGUUGUUUACCCGAAAAUCGAAUUUAGAUACUCAUAUGAAAGUGCACACUGGACUGAAACCUCACGUGUGUGAGAUUUGUUUAAAACCGUUUAGUCAAUCAGGUGAUUUGAAACUGCAUAUUAGAACACACACUGGGGAAAAACCUCAUAAGUGCGAAAUUUGUUUUAAGCGAUUUAUUUCAAAAAGAUUUUUAAAAGUGCAUAUGAGAAUUCACACAGGUGAAAGACCUUAUAAAUGUGAAAUUUGCUCUAAGUUGUUUACCCGAAAAUUUAAUUUAGAUACGCAUAUGAAUUUGCACAGUGGAUAGAAAUCUUAAAAGUGUGAGAUUUGCUUAAAACUAUUUGAGCCCAUCAGAAUCAAAACCUGCUAAAUCCUAAAUUUUUCGUUUAUCCUUUUUUUAUACAAUUUCAAAGUUCAAGUAUCUAUUAAUCUUAGACGUAAGGUUUCGUCUCAAAACCUAAAUCGUCUUCAAAAUAUGUACCACUGGAAUAUUAACGUAGAAUCAAACUCUGCUAUGUCAUAGCCACCUUUACUUUACAAGCCAUGAAGAGAAAAAGGCAACGUCGCAAUUGAUGGCGUCGGUAGUCUGACUUUCGGACUACCGGCUUCGAAACUACGAUUUUAAAGUACAAAUUUUGUUAAAAUUUAUUGCAGUUUUUGAGUCGAACAAGAAAAUAUUAUUAAUUAGAAGUCUAAAGAAAAUAAAAUUAAAAGUAAUUCCUUGUAAGUAACGUUUAUUAUAUAAAAAAAAACCAAUAACAAGAAUAUAAAUGGGAUUAAUUUUUUUUCGAAUCCUAUGAAAACUAAUAAGUAUUUUUCAAAAAUUUAAACACAGAAUGAAAUAUUACGUUAGGACCGAGGGCCGAAAGUCCCUGAAAACUUCUAUCUUUAUUUUAGUAAGUUACAGGGGUGAAAAACUAAGAAAAUUUAGUGUGAUUUUUAGUUUCAAAUAUGUCAUUCAAAAAAAACUUUUUAUUAAUUCUAAGGGACUUUCGGCCCUCGGUAAUAAAGUAAUCUUUCAUUCUGCGUUUAAAUUUUUCAAAAAUACUUAUUAGUUUUCUCAGGAUUCGAAAAAAAUUAUACAUUUAAAAUACAUUGAAAUUUUGACAGGCGUCAACAUUUUGCAUUUUUUUCCUUUCCCCUUAAAGUUUGUCGCACUUAUUUAGAAACACCCUGAAGUGAUAAAGAACAAAUCUAGUUGUUAAAGUAGCUAACUUUUUUUAUUAUCCAACAUAAGCGAAUUAAUCAAAAAAACAGAAUGUUAAGAAAACGGGAGUCUAUAGUUGGGUUUUAAUAUCAGUAUUUUAUAAAUGCCCGGUACACAAUAAAAAUUUAACUAGUUAGCAACAAUAUUAUUACAGCGGUAUUAUUAAAGAAUUAGGCUAUAACAUAUUAAAAAAAAUCACUUAAAUCGACCAACAGGUUUAGGAAAUAUAAGACAUUAAAAAUGACAAAAUUUUUAAGUGGACGGAUUUCUAUAUGCACGCAAGUUUAUAUAAAAAUAUAUUAUAUUGAAAUAAAAUCAUCUUAAUAACACACCUUUUGAUGUUCUUUAUAAUUUGGAGCACGAAAUAUUGUAAAAUGUUUCAGUUUCUCUGUAAAUACGGUGAAUAUUAUUUAAAAACAAAUGAGAACUGUCAGAAUUAAUCGGUCUACCAAUAGAUGUUGCCAAGUUUCAACUUCAUGGCUUGUUAAGUAAAGGUGGCUAUGGCUAUGUCCAUAGUUUUAUGAACAAUAAAGUACUUCUUUUUCUUGUAUAUUUUGUAUGUUUUCCUAUCAAAAUGGUCCAAUACACACUUUUAGUGCAUUAAUUGCGCCUAUAGGCAGUUGAAAAUGUGCGUUAUGUGGCUUAGAAUCAAAAUCUGCUAAAUCCAAACGAAAAGUACAAAUUUCUGAAGAUGUAAGGGUCAUGCAGAAAAAUUACUCUGUAACAAAUUGGUGUGCCAUUUUAUGACAUUUAUUCAUGCCACUUUUAUUAAGAAAUGUCGGAUACUUUUUGAUAAAUUUACAUUUUAAUCCUUUUGUUUAGUCUCCUGAAAAUUUUCAAAAAUGUAUCUAGCACGUUUUGAUUCUAUAGGCCUCAUUUAGUCGAGUAGGUGAGUUGGAAAAACAUUUUAGAAUACACACUGGAGAAAAUCCUCACAAUUAUGAGACAUGUUUUAAGCAAUUUACCUCAGAAAAUAAGCUAAAGGAGCAUAUAAGAAUUCACACUGGUAAAAACCUUAUAAAUGUAAAAUUUGCUCUAAGUUGUUUACCCGAAAAUCGAAUCUAAAUAUGCAUAUGAAAUUGCAAAGUGAACAGAAAUCUUAAGAGUGCGAGAUUUUCUUAAAACCAUUUGAGCCUAUCAGAAUCAAAACCUUCUAAAUCCUAAAUUUUUCGUUUAUCCUUUUUUUACACAAUUUCAAAGUUCAAGUAUCUAUUAAUCUACAUACAUAAGAUUUCGGCUCAAAACCUUCUAAAUCCUCUUCAAAAUACCACUGGCAUGUUAACGUAGAAUCAAACCCUUCUAUGUCCAUAGUUUUAUGAACAAUAAAAUACUUCUUUUUCUUGUAUAUUUUGUAUGUUUUCCUAUCAAAACGGUCCAAUACCUACUUUUAGUGCAUUAAUUGCUCCUAUAGGCAGUUGAAAAUGAGCGUUAUGUGGCUUAGAAUCAAAAUCUGCUAAAUUCAAACUAAAAGUACAAAUUUCUGAACAUGUAAGGGGCAUGCAGAAAAAUGAGUCUAAAACAAAUUAGUUUGCCAUUUUAUGACAUUUAUUCGUGCCACUUUGAUUAAGAAAUGCUGGAUACUUUUUGGGAAAUUUACAUUUUUAAUGUUUUUUUAGUUUCCUGAAAAAUUUCAAAAAAUGGAAAAAUGGCUCUAGCAGGUUUUGAUUCUAUAGGCUUCAUUUAAUCGAGUAGAUGAGUUGGAAAAGCAUGUUAGAAUAUAUACUGAAGAAAAUCCUCACAAUUGUGAGACAUGUUUUAAGCAAUUUAUUUCAAAACCACUUUUAAAAGUGCAUAUGAUAAUUCACACAGGUGAAAGAUCUUACAAAUGUAAAAUUUGCUGUUUACUUUGCUUGUAAAAAGUUGUUUACCUGAAAAUCGUAUUUAGAUAUGUGUGAGAUUUCCUUAAAACCAUUUGAGCCCGUCAGAAUCAAAACCUGCCAAAUCCUAAAUUUUUCGUUUAUCCUUUUUUGACACAAUUUCAAUUUCAAGCAUCUAUUAAUCUACAAACAUAAGGUUUAGGCUCAAAACCUUCUAAAUCCUCUUCAAAAUACCACUGGAAUGUUAAUGUAGAAUCAAACCCUGCUAUGUCCAUAGUUUUAUUAUCAAUAAAAUACAGUGGAACCCCGAUAAUCCGGAAGUCCGGCUAACUCGGACCGAUUUUCAUCAGAACAACAGAAACAGAAUCCGGAAGUCCGGCUAACCCGGACCGAUGUUCAUCAGAACAACAACAUCAGAAAAAACAACCAAUUUUUACUUUUACCAAGUUUUUUACCAAGAAAUAAACAAUACUGUAUCUGUACGUAAUUUAGAUGUACUGGUCAUAUGUAUUUCAUGUUUUUGCAAUAAGGAACUUGCACAUUUUUUUAUUACAUAAUAAUGUUCAGUUUUGUAUAAAAAUGAGAUUUCCAACUUUUAUACAAUUUUGGUGUAGAAUGUAAACAUACAACCCUGUAACGUCACGACGCUUGUUGGGGUGGCUGGUAUAAGUUGAAUUUUAAGUCGUCUUUAGGGGCCAAACGAAAGACAAACAAAACUUUUUUAUUUUUGAUGCAGGUUCUAAAUUAUGUUCUGUUGUGAUUUAUACCAUUUUUUUCGAAUUUAAAAUUUUAUGCAAUUCCCUACUAUAAUUGAGUUUAUCUGUAAGUAUACCGUGUUUUAUUAAUUUUUACCAUAUUCUCCGGCUAACCUGGAUCGGCCGCGGUCUCGAUUAAUUCGACUUAUCAAGGUUUAACUGUAGUUCUUUUUCUUGUAUAUUUUGUAUGUGUCCCUAUCAAAAUGGUCCAAUACCUACUUUAAGGGCAUCAUUUGCGCCUAAAAACAGUUGAAAAUUAUCAAUAUUAUGUGGGAUUAGAAUCAAAAUCUGCUAAAUCCAAACUAAAAGUACAAAUUUCUCAAGAUGUAAGGGGCAUGCAGAAAAAUGACUAUAACAAAUUAAUGUGUCAUUUUAUGACAUUUAUUCAUGCCACUUUGAUUAAGAAAUGCCGGAUACUUUUUGGGAAAUUUAUAUUUUUAUUGUUUUUUUAGUCUCCUGUAAAAUUAAAAAAAAAAUGGAUCUAGCAGGUUUUGAUCCUAUAGGUCCCAUUUAAUCGAGUAGGUGAGUUGGAAAAACAUUUUAGAAUACACACUGGUGAAAAUCCUCACAAUUUUGAGACAUGUUUUAAGCAAUUUACUUGUUAAAGAAAAUAAGCUAAAGGUGCAUAUAAGAAUUCACACAGGUGAAAAACCUCACAAAUGUGAAAUUUGUUCUAAGCUGUUCACUGUGAUGUGAUUAUAGUGAGGUGAACUUUUUAUAAGCAAAAGUAAAAAAUGCCAUUUUAAUUCUAAAUUUUGUUUAUAACACAUACUGUUACUCAAAGUUAACCAAAUAAAAUGAAAUU